GGGGAACAAUAUAUACUACUUUUAUAAUUAUAAAUCUUACCUUAAACAAAAGUACAUACACCACUUACUAAAAUGUCCGUACUAUAUGUGAUGUUAGUAUUUGUGUUCUUUUUUCUUGUGUAUUUUUUGUGGUGUCGUAGAAAGUUGUAUAUUACUAGUGGUAAACUGCCAGGACCUUUCGCAUGGCCCAUCAUAGGCAAUGGAUUUUAUUUUUUAGGCAAUCCAGACGAUUUGCUCGAAAAGAUUAUUAAUAUAACAAAAGACUACAGCUCUCCUAUGAAAUUAUGGAUGGGACCAAGGCUUGUAAUUUUUAUAAAAGAUCCCAAUCAACUACAGAUUUUAAUGCAAUCAUCAAAAAUGUCCAAAAAAUCCUAUGUAUACAGAUUUUUGGAACCUUUUAUGGGAAAAGGAUUGUUUACAUCUGCUGGUCUUCAACAUAAAACUCAAAGGAAACUUCUCCAGCCACUAUUCGGUCCGACUUACAUCGAGAGCUAUAGUUAUCUAUUUCAAAAGCAUGCCGAUAAACUUGCAAAGACUUUGGAAUCAAAAGUUGAUGGCAAGGACUUCGAUAUUUUACAUUAUCUACAUGAUGCUGCUUUUGAAGCCACUAUGGAUAUUAUGCUGGAAGAUAAAAAUGAACAUACGUUUGAUUACAAAGAUAUGCCCGCGUAUGUCAGAAGAUUCUAUCACAUAUUUAUUCAACGAAUUUUUAAGUUUUGGUAUCAUUUGGAUUUUGUGUUUAAAUUUAGCAGCUAUUACAAGGAACAAGAGCAUAUGAUAAAAAUUGCUUUAACAAUUACAAAAGAAAUUACAGAUUCCAGAGUUCCGGAAAUAUUGGAAAGGAUGAAUGAUUUCAACAUUCCCGUUGAAUUGAGAGCUCCCUCAAUGUUGGAAAGUAUGAUGGAAAUGGUGAAUGAAAAUCCCAAUUGUUUAAAUGAAGAACAGUUUCGCGACCACAUGAUGACAUUUGUUGCGACAAGUCAGGAUACUCAAAGCUCAGCUAUUGCAUUUACUUUGAUGAUGUUAGGAAUGCACCCCGAAAUACAGGGCGAAGUUAUGUCUGAACUCAAUGAAGCCCUAGCUGGUAAAGAAAAAUUGGAAUACUCAGAUUUAUCAAAGCUAAAAUGUAUGGAAAUGUGCAUCAAGGAAUCCAUGCGUCUUUUUCCAUUGGGACCAUUUUUAAUAAGGGAUACCAUCGAGGAAUUUCAUUUAGAUAAAUGGGUGUUGCCCAAAGGGUGUACGGUUGUUUUGGGUGUUUACAACGUUCACAAGGAUCCUAAAUAUUGGGAUAGGCCUGAAGAAUUUUAUCCUAAACAUUUUCUUCCCGAGGCGACAGCCAAACGACAUUCGUAUGCGUAUUUGCCAUUUAGUGCUGGACCGCGACGAUGUGUCGCCCAACAAUAUUCCUAUGUUAACAUGAAAAUAAUUGUAUCAACAAUUCUUCAAAAAUUUAAAAUUUCUUGCGAUGGUUCCUUAUCUGAUCUUUCAAUAAUGACAGAUGUUUCAAUUAGACCAAAAAAUGGUUAUUUAAUAAAAAUAUGUCAUAGACGUUAA